AUGCCCUCAGCGUGUUCCGAUCCGUGUGCCCGGUUCCGCCCGGACCGCCUGCCAGCAACGGCGGGCGUCGAGCAGCGGGCGGAUAGCUGUGGCGCGCCCGACCUCCUCAUCGCGGCAGCUGUCAGUGGUGGCGAGAUCAGCCGCGCUCUCUUAGGCGACGACUCACGGCUGCGGCUGCCGCGCUUCAUGGAGGAGGAGGUACCAAAGGACCCCGAGGCCACAAAGCAGGACCUGAUUGACAAGAUUGCACAGCUCAACGCCUCCAUCGAUGAGGUGGCGGCCACCCUCAAGGCGAAGGAUGUGGAGGUGGUGCAUGCAGAGCUGAGCUGA